UGCUGCAGCUAGAGAGUUCUAUCUGCAGCCAACGGAGUGGCAGCUGGAGCGGCGUUCAAGCACCGUUAACCAUACUGUGUCGUACGGCCAAAAAUAAGCAUGGCUGGGUGCUUUGACAACAUUCAGUUCAAUCGCCCCGAAUGGAUGGAGCUCGGCGAAAAGAGAAAUGCUAUAGCGUCCAUUGUGGCCGGAUCUUUGUUCUUCAUCGGCUGGUGGAUUAUUAUCGAUGUGGCAGCACACUACCCCUCCAAUGCUGAUUUCAGCCACGCUUUCCAUGUCUGCGGCGUCAUGAGCACAUUGUCCCUGUUCAUGAUCAAUGCCGUGUCCAAUGGCCAAAUUCGAGGUGACUCUUACACAACUGGCUGCAUCGGCCAAAGGGGUGCUCGGGUGUGGCUGUUCCUUGGAUUUGCCCUUGGAUUUGGCUCACUCAUUGCAUCGUGCUGGAUCUUGUUUGGUGAUUACGUCACACAAGGUCGUCUGAGAGAUGAAAGCUUUUUUGAUGACCCAAAGCUGGCCCAUCUUGUGCCAGUCAGAAGGGAGGUGCAGUGGCCUGGCAUUGCGAUUUUCCUCCAGAACUCCUUCAUCUUUCUCGGGGCCUUGGUGUUCAAGUUUGGGCGAACUGAAGACCUGUGGGGCUGAGACAGCAUCAAAAUUGUCACCGGGGCUGCAUAAUCUUAGUCACAAAAAUUGUUAAUAAGACGUUGUACUUAAGUCUUAGCAACCACGGUUUUUUUCAUUCUUCAGUAACGUUGCUCCUGAUGAAUUUUCGUCGGCUCUGUUUUUUGUGAAUGUUGCUUAAUGCUAAUGUACGGCCUAUUUAGUGUAUAUUACCUCGUUACUACAUUGUUUUAAUAAUAUUAUCCGACCGUGUUGUAUGCUGAUAGGAUUUAGCUUAUGUAAGCUUCUUGUCCUUCAGUUUGAGCUGCAGUGUCAAUCUACAAGCCUCAUGGCAACCUGUACCUACUUUUAUUUCUAAGAAAGUUAGCAUGUAUUGAUAUUUGGAUCAAGUUUUCUGCUAUGCUUCAUCGCAGCCAUUAUCAAAUCAUAUUGUUAAUAGUUUGCUUUGUGGAAAGGAAAUGUUGCAUUGUUUCAGAUUUUUACAACUUAAAUAUGCCCGCAUGACUUGGUGGAAUUUGGGUGCAUAACUUUAAUGUCGUAGCACGUUGUCUUCUCACACUGUUUCGAUUUGUGACAUAAGCAAUUGCCACUUGUGAUUUAUAAUUAUAUGAAUUGCUUGGAAAGGGCGUCAGCCCUAAAUAAAUUGCAUGCUCUUGAGUCUCUUAA